UGGACGUUCAACAAGGGAUUUUACACAGCUACUCAGGAGAAACGAAAUGAUCUGCCCUGGAGCCGCAGCAAAAUGCUGGAUGGACACCUACUCCUGGGAUGGUUAUCGUUCACUGUCAUAGUGUAUCUUCUCAACUUGCCUGGACCAACCGCAGCAUAUUUCGGGUUGACAGGUAAUGAACCGUUGUCUAUCCUGCCACUGAACUCUCUACCAGAGGAGAACGUGGGCAGGGCCCACUACAAGCUGUGCGACCGUCUCAAACUGGAGAAGAAGCAGCGCAGGAUGUGCAGACGAGACCCGGGCGUGGCCGAGACCCUGAGAGAGGCCAUCACCAUGAGCGCCCUAGAAUGCCAGUAUCAAUUCCGCUUUGAGAGGUGGAACUGCACUUUAGAGGGGCGCCACCGAGCCAAUAUAUUAAAGAGAGGAUUUAAAGAGACAGCCUUCCUGUAUGCCAUCUCCUCAGCGGGCCUAACCCAUGCGAUGGCCAAAGCUUGCAGCGCAGGACGCAUGGAGCGCUGCACGUGUGAUGAGGCCCCGGACCUGGAGAACCGCAAGGCGUGGCAGUGGGGAGGCUGUGGAGACAACCUCAAAUACGCAAACAAGUUUGUCAAGGACUUCCUGGGCAAACGCUCCAACAAGGACCUGCGCGCACGUGUGGACAUGCACAACACAAAUGUGGGCAUGAAGGUAAUCAAGGCCGGAGUGGAGACCACUUGCAAAUGCCACGGCGUCUCGGGCUCCUGCACCGUCCAGACCUGCUGGAGGCAGCUCCUGCCCUUCCACGAGAUCGGCAAGCAGCUGAAGCAGCGCUAUGAGACCUCCAUUAAGGUUGGCAGCUCAACCAACGAGGCCACAGGGGAGGGAGAGAUCUCCACAGGCCGGAGCCAGCAGCAGCAGCAGCAGCAGCAGCAGCUACAACAACAGCAACAACAACAGCAGCAACAGCAACAGCAGCAGCAGCAGCAGCAGCCCGUGCCUGGCCUGAACGAUCAGAUCCCUCGCACUAUGGACUUGCUGCACAUUGAGGACUCGCCCAGUUUCUGUAGACCCAGCAAGUACUCGUCGGGCACGGCAGCCCGUAAGUGCUAUAAGGACAAGAACUGCGACGCAAUCUGCUGCGGGCGAGGCCAUAACACUCAAAGUAGGGAGGUGACCCGGCCCUGCCAGUGCCAGGUGCGCUGGUGCUGCUACGUCGAAUGCAAGCAGUGCACACAGAGGGAGGAGGUCUAUACCUGCAAAGGGUAAACCCUGUCAGCCCCUACAAUCAGUGGAGCAGGAAAGAUGGUUGUGUUGAAGAGGAGUGGUUGUUUUGUUUUUAAACAAGAUUUUGCUUCCACUGUCGGAACAGUGUUCUGCACACAAAAGAGGAGCGAGCUGAUGGAGGAGCAAUAAGCACUUUGAGGGAUUUCUGU